UGUCUGAAUAUUUAAAUUAAUAUUAUGUUAUUUUAUUUAAUAUUUAAUUUCAAAUUAUUUGUAAUGAGUUUUUAUUUAAUAUUUUAAGCACUUAAGUAUUUUCAGUGAUUUAUUCAAUUCAACUAAUGGCUUAUCAAACUUUUCGUCAAGAAUAUCUGCAUAUGCCAGUUGUUACAAGAGCAUAUACAACAGUUUGUGUUCUUACUACACUUUCUGUCCAAUUAGACUUGGUUUCACCAUUCCAACUGUAUUUUAAUCCUAUACUUAUUAUUAGACAAUACCAGCUAUGGCGUUUGAUCACAACAUUUUUAUUUUUCGGAACUAUUGGAUUCAACUUUUUUUUCAAUAUUAUAUUUACAUACAGGUAUUGUCGUAUGUUAGAAGAGGGAUCAUUUCGUGGAAAGACAGCAGAUUUCGUGAUGAUGUUUAUAUUUGGUGGUAUCUGUUUGAUUAUUUUUGCCUUUUUUAUGAAUUUACUAUUUCUAGGGCAUGCUUUCACAAUAAUGUUAGUUUAUGUUUGGUCUAGAAGAAAUCCUUUAAUAAGAAUGAGCUUUUUUGGCCUUCUAAAUUUUCAGGCUCCUUACUUGCCGUGGGUACUUCUUGGAUUUUCAGUCUUAAUUGGAAAUGCAGUAUGGGUAGAUCUAAUUGGAAUGGCAGUGGGACAUAUGUAUUAUUUUGCAGAAGAUGUUUUUCCUCAACAAAUUGGUGGAUUUCGAAUACUUAAAACACCCUAUUUCCUAAAAAUUAUUUUCGAUACUCAUAGCAAUGAUUCUGAAGAUACUCCACUGGCAGAAGAUAGGCCUGGAGGAUUCAAUUGGGGCCAAGUACCAAAUAUUCAGUGAUUGAUUUAUAAAAUCUUAUUUAUUAUUUCAAGCAUAGAUACUUAAAUAUUUAAAUAAAUU